AUGGCUUUGAAGACAGCACCUUUCAAGUUUGGGUCGUUCGAAUGGGUCUGCGAGCGUGCAUCGCUCGUCGUCUGCCCAAUGUUGAGCGAGACUGGCAUCGAGCCUACUUGUUACGCCCGUAACGUACAGCUCGGACGCCAGAUCAUCUUCCAACCAGCGACAUGCUUUGUCCACAUUGCAGCGCUGGGUAUGACGCUCAUUAUGCUCUUCCACAUUCGGUCAAAGUACACUGCUGUCGGACGUAAGGAGAUUGUCCUCUUCUUCUACAUCUACAUGUUUGUCGAGCUCCUGGCCAUCUUUCUCGAUUCGACCGUCAUCCCCACCCACCACACAGUCUAUCCUUGGUUCGCAGCUGUCUAUGCGGGUGCUAUCGGUGCCCUUUACUGGUGCCUCCUGGUCAAUGGCUUUGUCGGCUUCCAGCUGUACGAGGACGGCACCCCAAUGAGUCUUUGGUCGCUGCGCCUCAGUUGCCUCGGCAUCGGAGGCGUCUGCUUUGUCAUUGCGGCGGGCACGUUCCAGAAUUGGGGCUCGCUCAACUACAACAACCCGAUCGGCCUCUUCAUCACCUACCUGGUUUACCCAUUGAUCGUGGCUGUCAUCUACAUCGUCUCACAGCUUAUUCUGGUGGUGCGAACUCUGGACGACCGCUGGGUCAUUGGUGACAUUAUCUUUGGCGUCGCCUUCUACGUCAUCGGCUGUGUGCUGCUCAUCGCAUUCAGCAUCACCAUCUGUGAUGCCGUCUCACACUACAUCGACGGCGUAUUCUUCUUCCAGCUCUGCAUGCUGUUCACUGUCAUGAUGAUCUACAAGUAUUGGGACUCCAUCACCAAGGAGGACCUCGAGUUCUCUGUCGGUUCCAAGGUGGCUGUUUGGGAGGUCAAGGACCCGUUGCUCGCUCCGAACCCGGAGUACAUGGAAGACGACGGUCAGUCGGCCUACCGCGGCGCGGGCGGUUCGCUCGUCGGCGGCUUCGGCGGCAAUGCCAUGUACGGCAACUACAACCAGGGCUACUCCAAGUCCUCCUCUUACGACCAGUUCAACGGCCACGACUCGCACUACUAG